AUGAAUCCUUUCAACAACGCUCCUGCUGCUGCGCAGCCGCCAGUCACGUUCCCAGUUGCCGAUGCUGCGCCGCAUCCGAUUGGUACAAGCUACGAUCAUAAAUACCAGCUACUCUCUCUAAACAACGCCUCAUCCAUGUAUCACACCUCCUCUUCUUUACUUGCUACGCCACGACGCACGCCACCACAAGAAGAUACAUGCAAAACUGAUAACCAUAACACCACCACCACUACCCAUAAGCAACAACAACAACAACAACAUCAGGAGAAGCAACGUGCCUAUGUGAAUGCCCUUGUUGAUGUCACGGUCCAAGCCAUUGCUUCCAUCUGGCCCAAUGCUUGUAGCACUCCAAGCAAUGGCAAUGCCCAACGCCCCAUUGCCAAUCUCAACACGUUCCUGCACCACAUCUUAAAGCACUCUCGCACGACUCAUUCGACUUUGCAACUUGCAAUCUUUUACUUGUUUCGUAUUCGACCUCGAGUAUUGGAGCAACGACACGAUAAUGUCUACAUUGCUUGUGGACGACGUAUGUUCCUUGCUGCAUUAAUUUGUGCCCACAAGUUCCUUCAAGACAAGACAUACAAAAACUCGGCCUGGUCCAAGGUCAGCGGUUUAAGUGUAGCCGAAGUCAACCAUGCAGAACGAGUCAUGCUUCAGCUUUUGGAUUGGUCUCUUUACGUCAAAAAGGACACCUAUGACAAGUGGAUCAUGAUGCUUCAAGGCCAUCUCAAAUAUGCACCCUCCAAAAAUCACACCACAACCACCACAACAACACACUCCUCUAUCGAUGCUGCUUUCCCUAAUGAUAACAACAACAACAACAACCUCCAAACGCCACCUCUCAAGAUACCCGCACUUCAUGCUCCCAUCACCAGCCGUGCUUCUCUCGCUAAUCAGCAAGCUAAAACCAUUAUCAACCUCGGUAUGCCUACACCUGUGCAGGAUAACCUUUGUUCCCCACCCCACAAGCGUAAGGCGGAUGCUGAUGAUGAUGAUGAUGUUCUUCUUGCUCAUCCCUCAAAGAGAAGAGUUGGUGUCUUUGUACAUUGA